AUGGGUCGCCGCAAGAUUGAGAUCCAGCCUAUCACUCACGAACGUAACCGGUCGGUGACUUUCCUCAAGCGCAAGAACGGUCUUUUCAAGAAAGCCUACGAACUUGGCGUCUUGUGUUCGGUCGAUGUAGCAGUCAUUAUUUUCGAAGAGCGUCCUGGCCAUCAUGUGAAGCUGUACCAGUACUGCUCCGGAGAUGUCGACGCUAUGGUGCAGCGUCACCUCCACUUUGACGGCGAGCGGGACUUGAAGACUCCUGCCGACUUCUCAAAUAACAAGAACGACGAACCUGCCGAUGACGACGAGGACGCCGAAGACGACGACGGCUCCCGUGUCAAGAAGGAGAAGCCUGUCUCGCAGAGCAAUGUCAAG